AUGAUCAUUAUCUCUGUACUCAUCUCAUUACCGAGUGAAUAUGGAUUAUCCUAUUGUCAUCCAUGUCAAGAUCCGUUAUUGAAUGACUGUCAUCCGGCAGGCACGUGUCGUGCAACUGGUGCGCAGACGUACACUUGCGAAUGCUUGAAAGGAUACGUGGAUCGUUCACCAGACGUAAGCAGUAAACCUGGCCGAGUGUGUGUUCUCACCGAACCAGUUUGCCUUGACGCCACUCAGAACGAUUGUCAUCCAGCUGCGAUUUGUAGUGAAACUAGUUCUGGUGACGAUAAAUACACAUGUAGAUGUCGUGAUGGGUACAUUGACCAGUCGCCUGAUAAAGUAUCACGUCCUGGAAGAAUCUGUGUUGAAAUGGUACUUUUUUCGAAGGAAUCGUCUUGA